ACAUGUUCUCACCCAGGCGGCCUGCAAAAGAAAGAGGAAAAAAAAAAAAGGGAAAUCUGUUCAGUCCACAACAGUAAACCCGAUUAAUUUUCUUAGGCAGCCAGUAUUCAUAUUGAACAGUAACUAGUAAUAGUGGCUCCUUCUCACUCACGGGCUCAUUUUCGUUUUCCUUUUUUCUUUUGUUGUGUGAUAAAAAAAGCAGCACAUCUGGUUAUUGCAGAAGUGAAGCUUAAGUCUUAUUUCUAUCUGUCCUCACUUCCCAGCUACACAAGAGCACACCCGUUUGACAAGUUUUCAAGGUGGAAAAACUCAGGACUCCACCAAGACGACUAAUUAAUUAGCGUCUGAAAGACAGUUUCAGUCUUAAAACACAACCCAACUGCCAAAAGCUGCUUUGGAGAGAAACUGAAAGAAGAGGAGUCAUUAAGCUGAAUCCAUCAUGUUUCACUGCGUUGGUCUUUCUGGUUGCAGCUCAUCCAAGAUGAAGGUUACAGCUUUAAUUCUUCUUUGUGUGACCCUGAUCUGCCAGGGAUACAGCAACAGCUUAGACUCAUGUCAGGGUCGGUGUGGUUAUGGAACAGACAGCAGUUACUCCUGCCAGUGCAACAGUGCAUGUGAGCGCUACAAUGACUGCUGUUCAGACUACGUUGAACAAUGUAAAGCCGCAGAAACAUCCUGUAAAGGCAGAUGUGACGAGGCAUACAACUCCCAGGACAAAUGCCACUGUAACUCCAAGUGCUCCCAGUACAACAACUGCUGCAGCGACUAUGCAGACCUCUGUUCCACCGCAGAAACAUCCUGUAAAGGCAGAUGUGGCGAGGCGUACAACUCCCAGAACAAGUGCCACUGUAACUCCAAGUGCUCCCAGUACAACAACUGCUGCAGCGACUAUGCAGACCUCUGUUCUAGCUCCGGAGGAGAUGGCGGUACUGGGAUCACUGAUGCUGAGAUCAAGGCUCUCUCUGAGACGCUUUAUGCUCUGGACUCAAACAAAGCUUCAGCCUCUGAGUUGAUCAUUGACCCUCAGGCUCUGGUGCCAGACUCUGAGACCAGCCACCAGAAUGAUCUCUCAGCAAAGCCCUUGUUCCGCUACCUGGAUGAAGGCAGUCUGUUUUCCAGACCCACCUUUGCUGCUCUGCUCGCUGUGCUGGACAACUAUAACAGGAUGACAGGACAGACAGAGAACUUCAGCCCUCAGCAGCUGGCUGAGCAGGACACAUUCCUCCGGGAAACUAUAUCCAACACUGAGCUGGGCAGAGAGCUGUUUGCCUUCCUCUACACCAAAGGGGUUUAUGCAUCUGAGGAAGAGUUUAUUGAGGACCUAAAGAUGAUGUGGUUUGGUCUUUACUCCCGCAACGACAACAAGAUGGACUCCAGCGGCUUUGAACACAUCUUUGCAGGUGAGAUUAAAGGAGGAAAAGUGUCUGGCUUCCACAACUGGAUCCAGUUUUAUCUUCUUGAAAAAAGAGGAGAGAUGAACUACUACAGCCACAGCUUCAACGGGCCUUGGACUGCUUACCCUGACGUCAUAGGAAUGCAGUUCAACUGGGACGGUUACUUCAAGCAAGUUGGCUCUGCUAUCAUUGGUUGCAGCCCUGAGUUUGAUUUUGCCCUCUACAGCCUCUGCUACAUAACUCGGCCUGGGAAACGGUGUCAUCUGAGCCUUGGAGGGAAGACGCUCAUCAUCCAAACCUACACCUGGAAUAAUUCUUCUUAUGGUGAUGGAAAGAAGUUUAUCGGCUCUGCCUUUCCUUCAUCUCCCUAGAACUGAAUAUUUGUUGAAGAAUGAGAUAGUUACAGGGCCAACUGUUUGAAUUUAAAAACUCUUUUGAGAUAGCUGCACAGUUUCUUUUUAUCAAAUAUAAAAAUAUUCCAAACAGAUGUCAUCUACACAAUGGGUGUUCCUAAUCUUGACUCUUUACCUUCAAGUUAAAAAAAUCUAUAUUUUGAGAUGACGUGAAUAUAUCACACCUGUAUAGCUUCAUUCCCUGCAUACUGUAAUAAAGCAAUCCCGAGCAAGUUGAAAUCCUAUUUCAUGUUUAAUGUUAUCUAUCUGAUGUGCUGGAAAUGCGACUCAUCAAACCAGCGCACUGAUUAAUCAGCAG